GAUAUCGAUGCAGCUUCUGCUGGAGGAUUCAUUCCAUUUCUUCGUAUGCUUCACGCAAAACAAGGAACAAUAGUCACAUCCAAUCUUCCUUAUGAAAAUACAAUUUCUGUGGUGGAUCCCGAAAUAAUGAAAUCAACUUCACAUAUCGGUGACAGACCUAUUGGAUUAUUCAAAUUUCUAGAACCACUUUUUGGAGAAGAUAAUUAUCAAAUCUAUAAUGCCGAAAGAGAUUCGAAAUUUAAAAAAGUAAUUAGACCUGCUCUUAGUCAUGAAGUUUUGAAGGCAAAAUAUGAGGAUAUGCGAAGCGUUGGAGUUGAUUUGAUCAAGAGAUGGGAAGAAAGCUUGAAUUCGCAAGACAAUGUUAUUAUAAAAUUGCAAGAGCAAGGCCUCGAAUAUUCUUUGCGAGUAACUUCAAAGGCUCUUAUAGGGUCCGACACAUCUCUGAAUUUUGACUUUAAAAAAUUCAAGCAACAUUAUGAUGCCACGUUGAGUGGUUUGUUUGAUAAACAAUUUGGUCUCCUUGAUGCUGAACGUGAAAAAGACUUUCAACAAUCACUCGAAAAUUUUCUUACAACGUUGGAUAAGAUCAUUAAGGAUAGGAGAAAUAUGAACGUAGAACCCGCGCCUGUAAAAGACUUUCUUGAUAUUUUGUUAACAGAAAAUGAUCCAGACACUGGUCGCCCGUUUAGUGAUGAAAAGAUAAGAAACCAUUUGGGCGGAUAUUUAACGGCUGGAUAUCACACUACUGGUGUCGCAAUUCCUUUUACCAUAUUCGCUUUAACACAAAAUCCAAGAAUCAAAGUAAAACUUCAAGAGGAAAUUGAUGAAGUGCUGCAAGGUCGGUUACCAACAUUUGAAGAUUUAUCCAAGAUGGAUUAUCUAACACAAGUGAUAAAAGAAUCUCUUCGAGUUCAUCCGCCAGGUACUUUUUGUGCCCGUUUAAUCAAAACAGAUUCUACAUUUCCAAAGGCGGUAGAACAUUUUAAGGUGCAAGUUGACACCACGGUCAUAUAUUGUAUUCCAUUAUAUCACGAGAAUCCAUCAUAUUUUCCUAACCCCCAAAAAUUUGACCCAUCUCGAUUUUCACGAGAAAAAAAUAUUAAACCGAGUACAUAUUGUCCGUUUGGAUUUGGUCCAGCAGAGAGACUCGCGAUGAUUGAUAUUAAAAUGAUGGUCUGUAUGAUUGCGCAAAAGUUUGAUUUCGAAUUGGCCAUGAAGAUGGAAGAUGUGCAAAUGGAAGAAAGGUUUGUUGUCAUGGCCAAAAAUGAUAUUUUAAUCAAACUUAAACCAAGAAGAGGUAUAAAUACCUAA